UGGCUGACUAAGCGAAUCUCGCUGUGGUCUUCGGUUAGCUGUGGCGAGACUAGGCUCGACACUCAUACGAUGGCCUAUUUUUCGAGGCCCCAGUCAAGUUCAGCUGUGAGGAUCGCACAGCCAACUGACAGCGACGACAAGACAAAGUCACCACAAAAGAAGGAUUCCCCCCAGCGACAAUGUAGGAAUAUACUGAUUUACGGUUCAUGCCGAUUUCAAAAUAAGGGCUGUAUCUAUUAUCAUCCACCGCCCAGUAGCACCUCAACUGAUGUAGCACCCGAGGCACCGGCCCCACCCUCGCUGUCGGCUCAGGCUGUCAAUGCUCCUGUAUUUGUGCCUAGAACAUCUCUCGAUGUUGUUCCGACUGCUCCUUCCGCAGCAAUCACUACCGUUCACUCCUUCGAGGUCGAUUACGAAGACCCUUCUCUGAGCACAUAUUUUGGGACAGCUCAAUCAACCUUUCUAAGACAGCCACUCGACUAUCAUCUCUACAGCCAUCCAAUCCCUGAUAGGUUUGCACCUGCGCACUUCAUCUCCGACAAUCUUCGGGAAGAACUGCAAAAGCGUUCCGAAGCAGUUCACACCAUUCCCUCCAUCCCAUAUCAUGUUCCUGAGGAGCUCCAAGGGUACCACUCCCUGAUCCCUCUUGAACCAAUAACACCCGAACGACGAAAGCUUGUUAGUUGGUAUUCGACUGUGUACCGAGCGACGAGCAUCAACGACGGCGCCGCUUACGUCCUACGUCGCAUCGAAAGUGUGCCGCUUGUACUCUCGUCUCGACGAAAGAUCUGCUGACGUAUGUAGACUUCAGGCUGACACAUCAUGCUGCGUUCGGCAUGAUCGAAUCGUGGUCGCGUAUACGACAUCCGAACAUUGUCCGUAUUCGGGAGGCCUUCACAACGCGUGCAUUCAACGAUAGCUCUCUCGUCGUGUGUUAUGACUAUCAUCCAAACUCGCAAAGUCUUAUGGAGUUGUACUUUCGAUCCUUGUCACCA